GUUGGGUUUGAGAAGAAACGCAGGCGCUCACGUGGAGCCUCACUGCGCUUGCGCCCGGAAGCCUUGCUCGCCGCCGCCACUGAAGCCGCCAGAGGCCGGAAGGAGUCUGCGCAGCUUCUGGCCACGUGACCAAUACUCACGCUCUACGUCACUCCCACUCCCCCCGCCGACCCCUCCCCGUGUGGGAGUUCCUCAGGGAAAGCCGAUCUUCCGGGUGUAGGGGGCAGCGGCGUGACUGGAGUGGAAAAUUUUACCAACAUAAGUUCGCAGCCGCAACUCAUCGAGGGGGACCGCCGGAAAGCCAAACUACAGACGGUGGUGACUGAAGGGAGACGUCUUCUCCUCCUUGUGACUUUUUACCUACUCGGCUUACCCCGAGCCCCAGCUCCCUUCUCCUCCCUUCGUCUUGGUACGGUCCGUAGCGUACGGAGCCUGCAGAGGGUCCCACGCUGGAGGAGAGAGAGGAGGAGUCGGAAGAGACAUUAGAGGUCACCCAGCCAAAGCAGCCGCCCCUCUGCAGCCUCUGGCAAGUGACAGAGCAUUCUUCACAACCCGAAAGGAGAAGCGACACGUUCGGGAUGUUCGACGGCUAUGACAGCUGCAGUGAGGACACGAGUAGCAGCUCCAGCUCUGAAGAGAGUGAAGAGGAAGUUGCUCCUUUACCCUCCAACCUUCCGAUUAUCAAAAACAAUGGGCAGGUGUACACGUACCCCGACGGGAAGUCUGGCAUGGCCACCUGCGAGAUGUGUGGGAUGGUUGGUGUGCGAGAUGCCUUUUACUCUAAAACAAAGCGUUUCUGCAGCGUUUCGUGUUCACGAAGUUACUCGUCCAACUCCAAGAAGGCAAGCAUUUUGGCCAGACUUCAGGUAACGGGUAAGCCUCCAACAAAGAAAGCGAAAGUUCUCCAGAAACAGCCUUUAGUUGCUAAACUAGCCGCUUAUGCGCAGUAUCAAGCUACCUUGCAAAAUCAAGCGAAGACGAAAGCAGCAGUCUCUGUGGAAGGUUUCAGCUGGGGAAACUACAUCAAUAGCAACAGCUUUCUAGCAGCCCCAGUCACCUGUUUUAAACACGCGCCUAUGGGGACCUGCUGGGGCGAUAUCUCCGAGAACGUGCGAGUAGAGGUCCCCAAUACGGACUGCAGCCUGCCCACCAAGGUCUUCUGGAUCGCGGGGAUUCUCAAACUAGCAGGUUACAAUGCCCUCUUAAGAUAUGAAGGAUUUGAAAAUGACUCUGGUCUGGACUUCUGGUGCAAUAUAUGUGGCUCCGAUAUCCAUCCGGUCGGGUGGUGUGCAGCCAGCGGAAAGCCCCUCGUCCCUCCCAGAACUAUUCAACAUAAAUAUACAAACUGGAAAGCUUUUCUAGUAAAAAGACUUACUGGUGCCAAAACACUUCCUCCUGACUUCUCACAAAAGGUUUCAGAGAGUAUGCAGUAUCCUUUCAAACCUUGCAUGAGAGUAGAAGUGGUUGACAAGAGACAUCUGUGUCGAACACGAGUGGCGGUGGUGGAAAGUGUCAUCGGAGGAAGAUUGAGACUGGUAUACGAAGAGAGUGAAGACAGGACGGACGACUUCUGGUGCCAUAUGCAUAGCCCCUUAAUCCACCACAUUGGUUGGUCUCGAAGCAUAGGCCAUCGAUUCAAACGAUCUGAUAUUACAAAGAAACAGGAUGGACAUUUUGAUACACCACCACAUUUAUUUGCUAAGGUAAAAGAAGUAGACCAGAGUGGAGAGUGGUUCAAGGAAGGAAUGAAAUUGGAGGCAAUAGACCCAUUAAAUCUUUCUACAAUAUGUGUUGCAACUAUUAGAAAGGUGCUGGCUGACGGAUACCUGAUGAUUGGAAUUGAUGGCUCAGAAGCAGCAGAUGGAUCUGACUGGUUCUGUUAUCACGCAACCUCCCCUUCUAUUUUCCCUGUUGGUUUCUGUGAAAUUAACAUGAUUGAACUUACUCCACCCAGAGGUUACACUAAACUUCCUUUUAAAUGGUUUGACUACCUCAGGGAAACUGGCUCCAUUGCAGCACCAGUAAAACUGUUUAACAAGGAUGUUCCCAAUCACGGAUUCCGUGUGGGAAUGAAAUUAGAAGCAGUAGAUCUCAUGGAGCCACGUUUAAUCUGUGUAGCCACAGUAACGCGAAUCAUCCAUCGCCUCUUGAGGAUACAUUUUGAUGGAUGGGAAGAAGAGUAUGACCAGUGGGUAGACUGCGAGUCCCCUGACCUCUAUCCUGUCGGUUGGUGUCAGUUGACUGGAUACCAGCUGCAGCCUCCAGCCUCACAGUCAACAAGAGAGAGCCAGUCAGCAUCAUCAAAACAGAAGAAGAAGGCCAAGUCCCAGCAAUACAAAGGACAUAAGAAAAAGAGGAAGAUGCCAGUUGGGAAGAAGCCUGUCAGUUUGUCAAGCCUGCCCAUGCCAGGUGGGGUGCGGAGGAGCUUCUCUGGUGACGAAGAGUUGACUCCUCCUCCAUACCGAGCCCUGCCGGCACAGACAGCCCCAGAGGCCUUCCGGCCUCCCAGCACUAGCCGAGAGUUCAGGCCCAGCCUCCGAACAGUGACCACACUGCAGCUGAAGGAGGAGCUGCUGGACGGCGAGGACUACAGCUUCCUACAAGGAGCUUCUGAUCAGGAAAGCAACGGCGCUGCCAACUUCUACAUCAAGCAAGAGCCCUGAGCAGGCUCCGAACCUGAGGGUGGGAGGGGAGCAUUUUACACAGAACUGAUUUAUAAUUGACCCAGCUGUACAGCAGGCUAUUCUCCUGGACAUUUUGCUAAACAUAGAAAAUUUCAGUUCCAGAUUUUUCAGGUGGGUGGGGAAACUAUUUUAGUCGGGGGGAAAAUUUUUCAAUUUAUAAAGAUGGACAAUUUUUGUGUUGUAUUUGAAGCUUUUGAAAGAAUUUUGUAAUAUUUUCCAAGUUUGGACUUAUGUGCAUUGUUAAUGAGAACUGAACUUCUAACUUUUUUGGUAAGACUAAAGUUUAGGUAGCAGGAUUGAAGGAAAUGACUUAAGAAGGAUAUAAUUGUAAAUGCAAAUGAACUGUUCUAAACAUGAACCUUUGGUACCUGUUGGGAGACUUGGAUUUUAGAAGUUAGGCCAGUCACUUCUCCAGCUUCCUCUGCCGCAGAAAUAUGCAACUGAGGCCCUCCAGGAGGGCGCAGCUCACAGACGCGGAGGGGCGUCGCGCUGCUCCUUGGCGUUUUAUUGCAGCCCAUUUUAAAUAUUUGUACAGAAAGGUUUUUCAUUCUGGGAAAAUUUUAUUUAGAGUUCUAUAUGAAACUGGAAGAACUCUGGAUACUUUUGUAUGUUCUCUUUUAAGUCAAAAACGAUCAAAAUGAUCCGAACACUAAAGUGUUAAAACUGGAAUGGUUGGCAGAUACACAGGAUCUCGGUCUCCACGUCGCGGGGCUGGGAAAAUGCAAUAUUGUCCUGAGUUUAUAUUCCUUACUUUAAAAAAAAAA